AUGUCUUUCGAGACUAAAGCAACGAUUGCCAGCUUCGGCGGAAAGCUGCUGAAGCUUUCCCACCAGUCUUCGAGCACUAAGACGCCCAUGGAUGUCAACCUGUACCUACCUCCCCAGGCCAAGACUCAGAAGGUCCCUGUCCUGAUCUUCUUAUCCGGCCUGACUUGCACGCCCGCAAACUGCUCCGAGAAGGGCUUCUUCCAGGCGGCGGCCUCGGCGGCCGGCAUCGCCAUCGUGUACCCGGACACGUCGCCGCGGGGCGCGGACCUGCCGGGGGAGACGGACUCGUGGGACUUUGGGGCGGGGGCCGGGUUCUACAUCGACGCGUCGCAGGAGCCGUGGUCGCGGCACUACAACAUGGAGACGUACGUGGGGCAGGAGCUGCCGUCGGCGCUGUUCAGCAGCGAGCAGGGCGCGCAGCUGGACGCCUCGCGGGUCUCGCUCACGGGCCACAGCAUGGGCGGGCACGGGGCGCUGACGCUGUUCCUGAAGAACCCGGGCAAGUACCGCAGCGUGUCGGCGCUCGCGCCCAUCGCCAACCCCACGCGCUGCCCCUGGGGCGAGAAGGCCUUCUCGGGGUACCUCGGCGCCGGGGACAGGGAGGCGUGGAAGCGGCACGACGCGACGGAGCUCAUCUCCGGGCCCGAGUGGAAGGGCAAGGAAGUCCCCGCGCUCAUCGACGUCGGCACCGGCGACAACUUCUACAAGCAGGGCCAGCUGCUGCCGGAGAACCUGGAGAAGGCCGUCGAGGGCAACGGCGUCAAGGGCGUGACCGUCAGGUAUCAGGAGGACUAUGACCAUUCGUACUUUUUUAUCUCCUCGUUUGCCGAGGAUCAUGUCAAGCACGCCGCCAAGUAUCUGUUUUAG